CAACGUCAACCUUGUUGCGUCCUUGUUUUGCGCCCCUCUCUCGGACCAUCGUCUUCACUAAAGAAAGAAACAGCAGGUGCAAAAGUAGCCACGGCCAUGGCCAUCAGAAGCGUCCGCAGAGCCCUUCGACCUCGCUGCUCGAACCUCCUUCCUUCUUCACUUCGCUCGGCCGCAUCGCCUCCCGUCGCCGGGACCUCGCAACCCAUCAAGCCCCUCUCCGCCGCCGCCGCUGACGACGACGACGACGAGCGGGCUCCGCCGAAACCAUCCGGCUCCAGCGCCAACUCCAGGAGAGACUCCAUGAUUCUCGAAAGCUUCAGGCGCAGACAACUCGGAGGCUCUCCCGAACCCCCGCGGAGCGAGCCGCCCCCGACGCAUCCGCCGCCGCCGCCUUCCGGGGAGAGGAGCGGCGACGAGGAGGUCCUCUCGGGCUUCGGGCCGCUGGGGCUGAGCGGAGAGGUGGUGGAGGCGGCCGAGGGGAUGGGCGUCUUCGUGCCGAGCGAGAUUCAGUGCGUUGGGAUUCCCGCGAUCUUGAAGGGGCGGAGCGUGGUUCUGAGCUCGCCUUCGGGGUCGGGCAGGACUCUGGCUUACUUGUUGCCUCUCGUUCAGAUGCUGAGACGGGAUUUGGCAUUGUUUGGAAUCGAGCGUGACUCCCCGAGGGCUAUCCUCUUGUGUUCUUCGGACGAAUCAUGUGACAAGGUAUUUCGUAUGGCAAGUUACAUCACAAGUUGUGCACAAGUAAAAUCAAGUGAAAAAUGCGGUGGUGAUGCAUCGGAAGAUAAGGGAGGUUCGCUGAAUGCUCCAAUUGGAUUGUUGGUUGGAACCCCUGAAGAGGUCCUUCAGCAAAUCGAAGACGGCGAUGUUAUGACCACUGCAGUCAAGUACUUGGUUUUGGAUGAGGCAGAUAUCAUGUUAGAUGCUGGCUUGUUUCCCAAAGUACAGAAGAUUUCAAGCCACUUGAAGAACUUUGCUGUUGAAUCCGAUGCUCUGCAUUUUCAAGCGGUUCUAGUCAUUUCAGCGAUCUCGGAGAUACUAGAAAAACAUGCUGUGGAGCGUCUGGAGCAUGAUCGAGCCGGUAAAGUGGCUGCAAUGCUGCUGGAAAUCGACCCGAAAGAAGUACUCUAUCUGAUUGAAUCUCAAGAUGCCUUGAGGAAGAAAGUGGCGAACGCUGUAGAGUCCCUUCAUUUGGCUUCUUGAUCAUUGCAUUUGGUCUAGUUUUGUAGUUUGUACAUAGGUGUAGCCAGCGUACCGACGCAGGGUUCAAGACAUUUCUUCAUGAUGCGAGCAAUUGCAUGCUUGUUCUUAGUAAGCCUUGGUUGCAACUGGUUUGUGCUCUCAGAGACUAGUGCUUUGACGAAUUUUGAGGCGUUUCAUUUAACAUAAUGUGUCCAUUCUGAGGUUUUUAGCUA